CAAACAGCACAAGCGCGAGCCUUUGAGAGAGAGGGAGAGUUUUAGAGAGAGAGAGAGAGAGAGCUUGGGGUUGGGGUGUUUUGGCUGUGUGUGUGUGAAUUCUCUGCGGGUUGCAGUUGCAGACAUGGAUAGCAAAGUGGAUGAGGUUUCUGUAGAGCUCUCAGCUCCUCCUGCUUGGAAGAAGAAGUUUUUCCCCAAGAAGGGAGGUACACCAAGGAAAAAUGAGAUCGUUUUCAUUUCUCCAACAGGGGAGGAGAUUAAUAAUAGAAAACAAUUGGAGCAGUACUUAAAAUCACACCCUGGUAACCCUGCAAUAUCAGAGUUUGAUUGGAGCACUGGUGAAACCCCUAGGAGAUCAGCAAGGAUCAGUGAAAAGGUCAAGGUGGCUCCGGCACCAGAGAGUGAGCCUCCCAAAAAAAGAGGCCGAAAAUCAUCAGGUUCAAAGGACAACAAAGUGGAAGCUGCUGGUGGAGAAGUUGAUGGUACGAAUGAAAUUCAAAUGAAAGAUGCAGAGGUAGCUGAGAAGAGAGAUGCAGAAGCUGAGAAAGAGAAAGAUGUGGAAGCAGAGAAAGAAAAAGAUGCCGACGUUGAGAAUGAUGAUAAGAAAACUCAAGGCGAGGAGAAAAAUGAAGAGAAAAAUGUUGUAACAGAGGAUAAAGCUGCUACUGAGGUAACUAAAAACAACAAAGAAGAGUUGCCACAAGCAGGGGAAGAACAAGCAAAUGGAACUAGCGGCAAAAAACAGGAUGACACAGCUGCUGUGACUGUGGAAGAAAAUGGGGCUGCGGAGAAAGAGAAUGUGGAUGCAGCAGCACCUCAUACGGAGGAAGAGAUCAAAGGGAAUAACGAUGGAGCAGAGAACAGUGGAAAAUGCAAUGCUGAAGCUGACGAGAAAAUCAAGACCAAGGAUGGGAAGGUUGUUGAAAAUGGCAAGGCUGAGCAAGUGGUGCAAGCUGAUGCCCCACAAAAUCUACAGACCCCUCCAUUGAGCAGCUGAACGUAUCUACCACCUUUCUAGUGAGCUGUUGAAUGUGCUGUACUACCAUUUAUCGCACUUAGGAUUCUGUGACAUCCAUUUAACCCUUUUUUUUUUUUGCCCUCCCUUGUUACAGUAACUCCGGGAGUUAAGGAUGAUAUAAUGUUAAUGUUGUUAAUGUUAGAAUUUAAUUGUAUGUAGGGAACCAACCAGUCCGGUAGAAGAAUAGGUCUUGUAGUUUCUGCAGCUAUAGUUAUGCAGUAGCUUAGAUUGUAGAAUGUAAGAGAUCCUUACUGGGCCGGCUGCUUUUUAUUUGUUGUAGAUGGUCAUCAAGUGCGCUUUGUUUGUAAA